AUGCCAGAGAGUCAGAGUGCAGAGUGCCACAAGCCUAGUGCCAGACUACAGGGUACCACAGAGCCGAGUGCCAGAAGUACAGGGUACCACAGAGCCGAGUGCCAGAGUACAGGGUACCACAGAGCAGAGUGCCAGAGAGUCAGAGUGCAGGGUGCCACAAGCCUAGUGCUAGACUAUAGGGUACCACAGAGCCUAGUGCCAGAGUACAGGGUACCACAUAGCCUUGUGCCAGAGUACAGGGUACCACAGAGCAGAGUGCCAGAGAGUCAGAGUGCAGGGUGCCACAAGCCUAGUGCAAGACUACAGGGUAUCACAGAGCCUAGUGCCAGACUACAGGGUAUCACAGAGCCGAGUGCCAGAGAGUCAGAGUGCAGGUGCCAGACUACAGGGUACCACAGAGCCGAGUGCCAGAGUACAGGGUACCACAAGCCUAGUGCCAGAACACAGAGUACCACAGAGCCUGGUGCCAGAGUACAGAGUACCACAAGCCUAGUGCCAGAGUACAGGGUACCACAGAGCCGAGUGCCAGAGUACAGGGUACCACAGAGCCGAGUGCCAGAGUACAGGGUACCACAGAGCCGAGUGCCAGAGUACAGGAGUACAGGGUACCACAGAGCCGAGUGCCAGAGUACAGGGUACCACAGAGCAGAGUGCCAGAGAGUCAGAGUGCAGGGUGCCACAAGCCUAGUGCUAGACUAUAGGGUACCACAGAGCCUAGUGCCAGAGUACAGGGUACCACAUAGCCUUGUGCCAGAGUACAGGGUACCACAGAGCAGAGUGCCAGAGAGUCAGAGUGCAGGGUGCCACAAGCCUAGUGCAAGACUACAGGGUAUCACAGAGCCUAGUGCCAGACUACAGGGUAUCACAGAGCCGAGUGCCAGAGAGUCAGAGUGCAGGGGUACCACAGAGCAGAGAGCCAGAGUACAGGGUACCACGGAGCAGAGUGCCAGAGAGUCAGAGUACAGGGUACCACAGAGCCUAGUGCCAGAACACAGGGUACCACAGAGCAGAGAGCCAGAGUACAGGGUACCACGGAGCAGAGUGCCAGAGAGUCAGAGUGCAGGGUACCACAGAGCCGAGUGCCAGAGUACAGGGUACCACAGAGCAGAGUGCCAGAGAAGUACAGGGUACCACAGAGCCGAGUGCCAGAGUACAGGGUACCACAAGCCUAGUGUCAGAGUACAGGGUACCACAGAGCCGAGUGCUAAAGUACAGGGUACCACAGAGCAGAGUGCCAGAGAGUCAGAGUACAGGGUACCACAGAGCCGAGUGCCAGAGUACAGGGUACCACAGAGCCGAGUGCCAGAGUACAGGGUACCACAGAGCAGAGUGCCAGAGAGUCAGAGUACAGGGUACCACAGAGCAGAGUGCCAGAGAGUCAGAGUGCAGGAUGCCAGAUUGCCAGAGUACAGGGUCCUAGAGUGCCAGAGUGUGGACAUGGUCACUGCAAGAUAG